UUAUAAUUUUUUUCUUUUUUUUUUCGUAAGUUUAAUUAAAGUCAGCCAUUAUGGUAGUCAAAUAAGCUAUUUAUGGCAAUGAUAUAAUUGAAUUACGGAUAUAACUUUCACUUUUCAACAUGGCGUCAGACUUCAAAUUAUGUACUUGUGCAGUUUGCUUGAUAAAUAAAGGUAUCAGAUCAAAAUCUUUAACACCUAUAACACCUUCAGUGCGCGAAAAAAUUCAAGAAUACAUCUGGCCAAACUUCGAUUCUGAUCUUGAAAUUUGUCCUUCUGUAGUUUGUUCCAACUGCAGAAGAAUCUUAUUUUGUCUAAACAAAGGGGAGACUGCAUAUCUUUCCAACUGGUUAGAGACUAUAUCAAAGAUAAAUAGAAAUACUAUUAGGAGAACCUCUUCACUGCAAUGUAUCCAGACAGAUGUUGAGCCAGAAUUGAAUUUUUCAAGUGUGAAUAAGAAAAUCUGUGGGCUCUGCUAUUUGAAUCUUGGUAUGUUAAUACUAUGAUUUUAUAAUUUAAAUAAGAUUAAUUGAAGUUUGAU